AUGAGUUCACAAAUAAAUUCUUUAGAGAUAAGAGAUGUAUAUUUUGAUUACAAAAAUAGUGUUUCGGUUCUCAACGGUAUUGACGUUACGGUUCCUAAAGGUGGCAUAUAUGGACUGUUGGGUUCAUCGGGUUGUGGUAAGACAACACUAUUGAAGUGUUCAUUAGGACGAUUAAAGCCAAAAAGUGGUUCAAUCUCACUAUUUGGUCAUAAACCGGGUUCUCCUGAAAGUCGAGUCCCCGGACCCGGUGCUGGUUAUAUGCCACAAGAGUUGGCCCUUUACGAUGAAUUCAGUAUUGAUGAAACACUCGUAUAUUUCGGUCGGUUGUUUGGCAUCGAUGGACAAGUGGUUCAGUCGAGGAUAGAGUUUCUCAUGGAUUUACUUCAACUGCCUGUUAGUCGACGUCUGGUCCGACAAUUAAGUGGAGGUCAGAAAAGGCGUGUUUCAAUAGCCACAGCUUUAUUACAUAACCCACCGUUCCUUAUACUUGAUGAGCCAACUGUCGGUUUAGAUCUUAUUCUUCGGGAGUCAAUUUGGAAACAUUUGUACUUUCUGGCCAGCAAUGGACUGACCAUUAUUGUGACCACUCAUUACAUAGAGGAAGCUCGGGGUGCGUUACGGGUUGGAUUCAUGCGAUCGGGUAGACUUCUAGCUGAGGGAUCGCCUGAUGAGCUAUUGCUUCGACACGGAUUUCCCACAUUGGAGGCAUUUCCAAUGAUAUCAUAG